ACUUCCCAAGACUGAGGGAACGUCACAAAGUCUCUCACGCGCCUCCACAAUGAGCUUUUGAGACUUACAUCGCCUUCAGUCUAUAAGUAAAUACACAUCUUAGAGCUAAAUAACAUUUACUGACCACAUUUACUUUAAGAUUUUCAUUACGACGAUCAAAGGAUUUGUUUAGUUGGCAGCUGUCUUUCUUCACUUGAACGAAGGACAAAAGUGGUCGCCGACACCGGGGAAGGACCUCAUCAGUGUUAACGGUUUUCCUUUAGAAAUGUCUUUAUAAUGGAAGCAAAUGCGGAUUAUGGUGACGUUCUGUCAAUUUAGUGUUCGAGGAAUCUUCACAAAUAGAUGUUCGCAGGUGAAAACAUAGUGUGCUCUAUGUAUUAUCUGUACAAAACAUAAACUGAAGUUCUCUGGCACUUGAAUGAAUACAUCAGGUGGGAACUAACCGUGUUGAAGUUGGCUUAACCGUAAGGCAUGGCUGGCGUGGUGCGCACCCUGAGCCGGUGUCUGCUGCCAGCUGAGGCCGCUCAUGAUGACAGGAGUAACGGGAAAGAACGAGCCCGCGAGCGCGAUGUCAACCAGGAGCGCGAGGCGAAGCGGCGCAGUCGCGAGAUCGAUGCCAUGCUUGCGCGCGAGAGGCGCUCGGUGAGGCGCCUGGUGAAGAUCCUGCUGCUGGGCGCCGGAGAGAGCGGAAAAUCCACAUUUCUCAAACAAAUGAGGAUCAUCCAUGGAAAAGAGUUCGACCAGAGAGCGCUGCUCGACUUUAGGGAUACUAUCUUUGAGAAUAUCAUCAAGGGCAUGCGGGUACUGGUGGAUGCCCGGGACAAGCUCGGUGUUCUCUGGCAGAACUCAGAGAACGAGAAGCAUGGCAUGUUUGUUAUGUCCUUCGAAAACAAAGCAGGCAUGCCUGUUGAACCCUGCACCUUUCAGCUGUACGUACCAGCGCUGCAGGCACUCUGGAAUGAUAGUGGAAUCCAGGAAGCCUAUGGGCGCCGGAGUGAGUUUCAACUGAGUGAAUCAGUGAAGUAUUUCCUGGACAACUUGGAUCGGAUUGGCCAACUGAAUUAUGUACCAAGCCGACAGGACAUCCUCCUGGCCAGGAAGGCCACCAAAGGGAUUGUGGAACAUGAUUUUGUCAUUAAAAAGAUACCUUUCAAGAUGGUAGAUGUGGGCGGCCAGCGGUCUCAGAGACAGAAGUGGUUUCAGUGCUUCGAUGGCAUCACCUCCAUCCUCUUCAUGGUGUCCUCCAGCGAAUAUGACCAAGUGCUAAUGGAAGACCGCCGCACCAACCGACUGGUUGAGUCCAUGAACAUCUUUGAGACCAUAGUCAACAACAAGCUGUUUUCCAACGUCUCCAUAAUCCUCUUCCUCAACAAGAUGGACCUGCUGGUGGAGAAGGUACACAAAGUCAGCAUCUCCAAGCACUUUUCCGAUUUCCGGGGAGACCCUCAUCGACUAGAGGACGUGCAGGCCUAUCUUGUGCAAUGCUUCAACUGCAAACGUCGCAACCGCAGCAAGCCUCUUUUCCACCACUUUACCACUGCCAUUGACACUGAGAACAUUCGUUUUGUCUUUCAUGCAGUCAAAGACACGAUUCUUCAGGAGAACCUUAAGGACAUUAUGUUGCAGUGAGGACCAAAUGACUGUUUCAUCUGUUUUCGUCGUUGUUAGAGACAAUUUUCCGAACCAUUUGCCUGUAACGUUAUAAGAAAUGCCUACUGGACAUUUUAGCCAGCUGUGCCUGAGCUGUGGCUCAGGUGGUAGAGUGGGUUAGCCACCAAUCACAGGGUUGGCAGUUCAAUUCCUGGCCCACAUGACUCCAUAUGCCGAAGUGUCCUAGGGCAAGACAUUGAACCCCAAGUUGCUCCCAAUGGCAGGCUAGCGCCUUGCAUGGCAGCUCUGCUGUCAUUGGUGUGUGAGUGAAUGGGUGAAUGAGUCACAGUAUAAAGUGCUUUGGAACUGCUAAGGUUAAAAAAAGAGCUAUAAGUGCAGACCAUUUAGCCCAGAUUACCUUAACAAAUGUGCAGAAGAGAAUGGUGCAAAAUGUGCUUUGCUUCUUGUGUUACAAUUUUACUAAUGCUCCAUUUUACAUCAUGCACUCUUUUGUUUGAAUAAGUGGGUCAUAAGAGUGCAGUGUCCAGUCCAUUAUUUCAAAGACAUUGCAUUCAGUGCUAAGAGAAUGACAUAAUAGUGAUUUUUUCUUUUGUCACUCCUAAUUACUCAUCUUAAUGUUUUCCUGUGAAACAGGAAGUACUUCUUGAUGACACUUUGGACUAUGAAAAACCAGGAACAUUUAAGGGUAUGAAAGUAAAUGCAAUGAGUUUGUUUUUAAUCGUAAUCUCACCUUUUUCCAGCCUGAUCUCAUGAAAAUAACAUGACUGUGGCGACAUUUUUGCAAAAUGAUACUACAUGGUUUAUUGCACAUAUCACGGCAGUUCUUCUGUGAAAUGUCCUGUAAGUGGUGCUAAAAGAGAGUUAAGACUUCCACCAAACAGAUGAGGUUAAGUUUAAUGCUCUAUUGAGUUAAAUCAACAAAACCUACCUCCCUAAACUUUAAAUCUAAAACAAGUAGUGUCAGAAAAAGCAUAUGUGAGAUGAAAAACUAACUAGGUUUUUAAAGUUUAUGCUCUAUCGAGUUUUAAAUGAACAAAACCGACCUCCUUACCCUAAUCUUUAAACCUAAAUCAAACAAUAGGGUCAUAAAAUGUUAAAAUGUAUGGCCUUACAAGUCAUGGGCUAUAGUAAAAGUGUUUAUGUCAUAAGAUUGCCAUUGUGUGAGGAACAGGGUGAAAAGUGUUUGUAUCACAAGUAAUCUGCCGUUUACUUGUGAUUUGUGUGAAAGGAAAUAAGUCAUUGUUGUAGCGCCUCUAGUGGUUAUUUCACCAAGAAACUGCUGCGAUACAUACAAUGAGCCACAUAAAGAUAAGUUUGCAAAACUGUAGGUAUAGUAACAAUUCUAUUAGACCAGGUUGCAUUUUCUCAAGGAUAUACUCAAUGCACAGUAACUAUACACUGGCUCAUCUUCCAGAUAGCAUCCUAAAAAUAAAUAGAAAACGUGCACUGAGCAUCCUGCCUGUUUUUGGAUUCUGAACUAAGUAGUUAGUUUCAAGUCACUUCCUGUUUACAGGUUAUUUUUGUAAGUCUGCUUUAUACUUUAAGUUUAUAGAUGACAUGCAAAAUUAUCCUUAAUAAAUAAGCAGGGUUUUUUUGUACAUAGUGAAUAGUUGCUUCUGUACAUUUUAACUGUCUCACCUCUGCUUUUGAACUAUGCAUGUGUCUUUUCACAUUAAGCUACAAGUUUUUAUAGUGUCAAAUCACUGGUUUUUCGCCUAACACCACUAACUUCAAAUGAAUAAAGAAUUAUUAGUAUUCAAUAAAUGUCAUUUUUGCUAACACCUCUACUUAGUUUUUUGAUGGUUCAUAUGAUAUAAAGAUUGACGACUAUAAUAAGCCUCCCAAACUGUGUAGCUCAUCACUUUUAAAAGGAGAUUAUAGAGACACAUAACCUGGAACUGGUCAAUUAUAUCAGUGGAUAUAAAGAUCCUAGUUUCUCCUUGGUUUUAGCUACGGACAUGUUUUGGUCUCGGGAUCUUUUUGAAUGGCAGCUGUGAGUUGUUGUUGUUUUUAGCUGAUGUGAAGUCCCAGUUUCAAAUCCCGGACGAGCCCCCACUUUUCACUCCCAUGCUGCGUUUUAUCAAACAAAUCCUUGAAUGGGGCACAAAGUGAAUUUCCAGUGAUGUCUGCCAAUGCUGAGGAGUGUUUGUUGUGGUUGGUGGCACAAUUUGAGCCAUUUUCCAGAUAUCUGGUUUUAUCAUCUUAUGAAGUUACUCACGCACUUCUACGAAAGUGAAUGGUUUCAGGUUCAUCACAGGUGUCAGCUUGUCAAUGUUUUUUGUCAUUGUUUUGUUUCAAGGGAAAGCUUGAGAUAUGUCUUCAUACAUGUUUCAUCAAAUAGUUUGUGGUUUUCAUGAGUGCAUCUUUUCUUGCAUUCUUUUUUGUGUACUGUAAUGGAUAUUAUAAGUCCUUCAUUACUUUUGUAAUAAUGGAUUGUAAAUUCUUUUAAACCUAGAUGUUCCCAUGAAGAAAUCAGCAUAUAACAAUGUUUUUCUAUCCCCUAGGGGUAUUUUUGUAAAUUCUCUCCUUCCUCAAUCACUAAUGGCACAUGUUGCUUUACUGAAAUUUGGCAAGAAGGGUUUUUGAUCCGAGAUAUGACACACCCUAAACCUUUGUCCCUGACAGCUGGAAAAUAUCUGGCUCUUAUGUAGAUAAAGCAGAUUGAAUUCUUGAUUUCAAGCCUGUGAUGAUGCUUGUGUCACUCUUUAAGACUAAGUUAAUUGAGAGAGUUUGGAAGUUACUGUAAAUAGUGGAGAAACACAAGCCCAAUGUAUAAAUAUAAAGAGUAUUAAAAAGGAAUGUUCUGGGUUCAGUACAACUUAAGCUCAACCAACAGCAUUUGUGGCAUAAUGUUGAUUAUCAGAAAAAAUGGACUCGUUCCUUGUUUAUUAAAAAAAAAAAAAAAAAGAAAGAAAAGAAAAACCUUCACUUCCAUUAUAAUGGGGCCAUAAACAUUAAAAAACACACCGUUUCAAAAGUAUAGCCACAAGAUGUAAACAAUGUAUUUAACAUGUUUUCUAAGGUGAUAAAAUUGCUUACUAAACUUAUCAGGAUAAAGAAAUCCAAUAUUUAAUCUCUGUUGCCAUGAAACGCCGGCAAAUCUGAAAUACUUUCACAUUUAUGGACUGGCCCUAUUCACUUCCACCUUAUUAUAACCAUGUUUAGAUUUUUUAAUAUAUAAUAAACGAGUCAAAAUCAUUUUUAUGGUAAUCAAUAUUAUACCUUUAAUGCUGUCGAUUUAGCUUAACUUGCAUUGAAUGUAUAGAACAAUCAAGAAAGCAUAUGGAGUGUAAUUAAUUUGAGAAACCAUUUCCAGUUAAAUAAUGUGAUUUUAAUCUACUGACAGUGAUUUAAAUACAUUAUAUUUGCUGCUCUGCUGUUUUGUCACUCUUAGUGUCACAUGACUGUCACUGUUAACAGGAUGUCCACUCUUUUCUUUUUUUUUACACAGUAUUUUACUGUAAUUUAGUUUUUAUUUUCAUGUUGCUUCCAUAAUGUUUUACAUUUCCAGUGAUUGUAAAAAGUGUGAAAUUCCAGAUGAACUGCAUUGUGAGUUUUGUAUAUAAGAAUUGUAUAAAUACAAUAAAAAUGUUAAUGUUGCGUUAUA